UUUCCGGUUGACGGUGUUGACUUGAGUGUUUAUAAAGGACUAGUCGGCUCGGCACUUGGGCCUGCGUCCUAUCGCAUCCUAACUAAACACGUCGGCUUCUUUUUUUUAUUUAUUUUUUUUUAUUUUUUUUUUAUACUUACAGCGGCGCCCUAUUCUGGCUCAAAUGUUCAGAUGUUGAAGUAAAACACGGCGGAUGGUACGUGUGGAUGCCAGCUGAACGCAUCCUUUGGGCCUGCACGAGCACUUUGAGUCCACAAUGUCCAGUCACUUCCGCAGUUACAUCUGGGACCCCAUCCUGAUUGUGUGUCAGAUUGUGUUGAUGCAGUGCAUCUUCUACAGCUUCCUGGGCCUGUGGUUGGCGGGGGUGGACAGUCUGGUGCAAACACACCGCUCACUAGACCAGAUCUUCAGCUUUGAAGUCCUGGGGUUUGCAACCAUGCAGGGCAGACUGUCAAUGAUGGCCUAUGUUUUGAACUCUCUCACCUGUGCUCUGGGCCUGUGGUUCUUCAUCCGCCGAGGGAAACAGUGCCUGGACUUCACCGCCACCGUGCACUUCUUCCACUUAAUCUGCUGCUGGAUGUAUAAUUCUCAGUUUCCCUCCUCGCUGUCCUGGUGGUUGGUCAACGUGGCCUGCAUGGCCUUGAUGGCGGUAACCGGAGAGUACUUGUGCAUGCGGACUGAGCUCAGGGCCAUACCGGUCAAUUCUGGGCCCAAGUCUAAUCUUUGAAUUAUAUAUAUAUAUAUAUAUAUAUAUAUAUAUAUAUAUAUAUAAUAUUUUUUUGGACUGUGCUGAGAAUGGACAGGUUACUGCGGAGGAAGGCUUUUUCCUUGUCCUCUGUGGAAAGAAAGCCAACAUGGCAGAUGUAUCGGACUGGAUUGGUGCACCAGCAUAUUUAUUACCAACUGCCUAUUUAAACAUGGACAGUUUUAUCUUUGCAGCAUAUUAAGACACUCUUUAGGUUUUCUUCUCUCAACUUGAUGUGAACUGAUACAUUUUUAUUUUGUUUUGUUUUUGUUUGUUUUUUACCUCAGGAUUCAGUACAGUGGUCUAUAUGAGCCCCAUUAAGGUUUAAGAUAUAUUAUUUCUGUUUAAACUCAUUACAGUUAAAUGGUGUCGAGCUGCAAACUUCAAUUACAAUAUAUGUAUUGUACUAAGUUGUACCUUUAGUGCUAAGUUAUACUUGAGUACAAAGUUAUACAUUAAUGCAGGGGUGUCCGAACUAUGGCCUAGUGAGGCUCUCCCAACAGGGGUUCUCUGAAUGUUACUUAUUUGCUGCCAUCUUGUGGAUAAUGUGAGAAUAUCAGAUCAAUGACCCUUGGAAUGUA